CGGCAUUAUACAAUAUAAAAAUAUUUUUGACUCCAUUUGUUGUUUCACCGAAUCACUUUGAGUAAUGUUACCACCACUUGGCCCAAUACCCUGCAGUUUGAGCUGCCCGAAUUGCUCCAAACAGGUGACAUCGCGUAUGGAAUACAGAUCUUCGACAAAAUCACAUAUUAUUGCUUUACUACUCGCUGGAAUGCUCUGCCUGCCUUGCGCCUGCGCUGUGUAUUGCACGGAUUGCGCACGAAAUGUGGAGCACUACUGCCCAUCUUGUAAUGCCUUUUUGGGUGUAUAUGACCGCUGAGUUGAUUUUGAUAAAAUGCUUAAGUGAAUUUUAACUAAGAAGGAUAUUAAACGAAAUUGGAAAU